AUGUUCGAAUGCGCCACUUGUAACGAUGAAUUCUGGUAUCAGUCGGACUGCGAUGAGCACAUGCAUGACUAUGGUCAUUGGAUUGAGUGUGAUACAUGCAAUCGAUUGUUCCGCUCCCAGUUCGCCUGCCACCAGCAUAUGGACGCUCUAGACCACUGGGCGCCAACCUUUGAAUGUGAAACAUGCACCAGCACCUUCCGUACUCAGAAUGCUGCCAACAGCCACAUGAACGCGAAGCGCCACUGGCUCCCGACCGUUCCGUGCCAGAAGUGCCCGAUGAAGUUCCACACAGAGGGGGCUGCUGAGAACCACAUGCGAGCCAAGGGACAUUACAAGACCUACUGCCACGAAUGCGACCGUCACUUUAGGGAUGAGAACUGUUUGCGCCAGCACCUGAAUUCCAAGACCCAUCGUGGUACCAACAUUCCCUGUCCGUUCUGUCGCACUGGCUAUGUCACAGCUAGCGGUGUCUCCCAUCAUCUCGAGAGUGGAUCCUGCCCUCAAGCUCAAGGCUUGAACCGCGAUAAGAUUCACCGUAUUAUCCAGCAGCUUGAUCCAAAUGGGGUCGUCUGUAAGAAGCAGAUCGCAUGGCACGAUGAAGAGAAUGUGACCUACUCCGUCACCGACAAUGCGUGGAAUGGCAGCUUCUGGGUGUGUUACAUUUGCAAGCGGGGAUUCAACUCGAGACAAGCGCUGGGGUCUCAUGUCAACUCGCCCGUGCACAAGGAGAAGGUCUAUCACUGUCUCAAUCGUGGCUGUCGAAAGGAGUUCCACUCCCUGGCUAGUCUAUUUAACCACCUGGAGAGUGAAUCUUGUGGAUUCGUUCGGUUCGACGGGGUUCAGCAGGUUCACAAGCGACUGAACGAUGCUAUCAUGGGCCGUCGGAUGAUUACUGGAUUCUAG